AUGUUUACGGAGUAUUCUCUAAACUUGCGGCCUGAGGCUACCAAGAAAGCCUUGCUGCUCGAGUUUCCAAUGCGUCUAGUUACCACCAACUGGGUAAAAAGCAACGUGUGCUCCCUGCAUGAAAAGGAAGAAGAAGAAGCAGAAGAAGGGAAAAAGCAAGACGAUUUCAGGGCCGGAGAUUGCCGCUUCAUCAAAGUUCAUGUAUCCAAGCCAGAGGCUACUUAUGCAACGUUACUUCGAAGAACAGCCCCAGGUGCAAGGGCUGCAUACGGCACAGUUGACUGGUUUACUAAAUGCUGUCUCGAAACACAACGCCGCGCCACUGGAUGCUGGGUAGGAAGCAGCGUAUUCGCUCUCGAAGGAUCAAUCAAUAACCAAAACUGGUCAAGUCCCAGCUGGGGGGACCGCGUCUCUGGAUAA